UUCCUAUGUCCCCUCCUCUCUCUGAAUCGAUAAUUCGUUUCAAUUUCCUCCUCAGCUCGAUCGGCUCCAGCCACCAGCUGCUCCUUUGAAGUCUGCAGAUCAACAUUCGAGCCCUCAGUCGAAUAUUUAUAUUGAUCGCUCUCCUUCUGCCUCACAUGCUUGUCAUAUCUGGCAUGCCCCUUGGCUUGGCCCUCGCCAAAGUGAGCGGGCAAAAUCGAACUCACACAUCCCCGUGGUGCCUGCUGGGGACUCUGUUCUAUACAGAUGGCAAAGGUCUACUGUAAGCCUAGCUUGCACAAUGAUCAGAGUCGCAAUCGUCGCUGCGCGACGCAACAAGGAGAGAUUUCCCCUUAUUACGGCUUCCCUCGAUUCUAAAGUGGCCACUGCGCCCUUUCCUCCUAUCUACCACGAACACAACCACGACUCAAAACACAACCUAAUCGAUUGUAUCGGUAUAUUGCCUCGCGACGAUAUAUACCUUCCCCUAGCUGGAUCUCUACUACCUAUACCUACCACGUAUUUAUACCGGGCUGGCCGACACUACAAAGGAGAAUUAAGGGCGAUGAUAUACAUGUUCCAGAGGGACCUCGGAGGGCAAAGUGUUGCUAUGUUCAGACUCGAGCCGGCACAAUGUUCUUAUUUCUGGGAUUAUUUGGCACAUACCCAGUUCCAAUCUGAACCUCCUCUCCCGAACCUUGAUCCUGAAAGCUUCUGGGGAUAUCCGUCGCUUUGGUUGGUCCCUCUCCCGUCUCUCCAGUCGAGGCUUCGAAGGAAUUAUGUUCAUUCGCCAGCAUCAUUGGGUAUCGUUGUCCCUUUUGUGCAAUAUCAAAUAGGUCUCCGCCUUGGUGAGGGUCUGUUGGUGCCAUUUUCGUUGAAGUAUCUCUAGGGAGGAUGCGGUUACAAGUUGUGGGAUCAGUGCGAGUUUGAUUGAAAGGUUGCUCAAUGAGGGCGGGUAACGUCUAUUGAUAUUAGCAUACCUACUCAGUUAGUGCAAUAUCAACGGCUUCCAUUGGGGGUGAGUUCAGCGGUUGUCGUCAUUUUUUCUGACAGAGCUGAUCUCUGGAGUAAAGAUGUUCGACGCAAUGAAGUCACAAUUGCUCCAGGUAACUUUAGACGAGCACGUGAAUGAGACUUGGC